UCUCUUUCACAAGACCCGACCCGAGUACACACUGUGAUACGUUUAGUUUGUUGAGUUGCCACAUAAGAGGUUGUUUUGCAACUUUGCCACUGCCCUACCCACCUCUGAAGUUAUUUUAACAGAAGUUAAACCUAAUGCAAUAUUAAUCAGAAUAACGUUCUCUCUUGUGACUCACACAAGUUACCACAUAAAUCUCAGCUAUGCGUUCUAUUUAUGCUGUGCUGUUGCAGUUUGUUAAUGACUGUUGGGGGAUACACAUUAUCAUAUGGGACCCAUAGGUUGAAGUAUUGUUCUCAUUUUGCUGUGGUUUGCAUUGUUAUUGUGUGUUUUCCGUCUUGAGUUCUCAGUGGACGCGAUGUGUUCUGUGGAAAUGUUGCCAUGAUUGCUUUUCCCUGAACGUAACCCCCUCUUCAGAGUAUUUAGAGUUCAGUCUGCUAUUUAUCUUGCUUUGCGAAGGCAUUGAGGAGUAGGAAACUGAACAUUCAAGUAAAGGAUUCCUUGUUAUAAAAUAUAUAAUAUAAUGUUGCCAUAAUGUGCAUCGCAACAUGUUUAUUGCAUGAUAGAUUCUACUAAUAAUCUGCAAAGCGCAUAUUGAAAAUUGCAAUUUUAAAGGACUUGAUUUCAAAUGUUUACGUUUUAAUUAUUACCAAGAAAAAGUAACCCGUUAUUUCCCCAUGUCCUUGUGCCCUAAUAUAUUCCUCUUUGACUAGUCCUGUCGUUUUGACCGGCACCUCCAUGGACGCCAGGAAGAACCGAACCCCCGCGCUCCCCGACCCCAGCGGCUGGCCCUCCCUGUUCCUACGGCAACCGCCCCGGGUCCUGAUCGUGGAGGCGCUGCCGCCCUGGUGGUCCCAGACGGGCCCGGUGCUCUGCGAGGCCCUGGACAACUUCCUGUCCCUGGCCUGCAGCGUGGCGGGCCCCUGCCGGGUCCCCCUGCUCUCGCUGUACGCCGUCAGCAGGCAACAGGAGUGUCUGCUGCCCUUUGUGCACCUGAGCGGUAACCUGCCCAGGCUGCGCAGCUGCGUGGAGGAGCUUCGGUCCCUGCCUGGGGAGGGCUGCGUGAGGGCCCCACCUCGAGGUGCCUGUGGAGGUGGAGGAGGAAGAGGAGGAGGAGGAGGAGGAGGAGAGCUCCUCAGGCAGGCCGUGCUGGACUGCCUGCAGCAGUACAACCAGUACACCAGACACAUGUCUGCCGGCAGCGGCACCAGCAACAACACCUCUCUGGAGGUACGGUGGGGCUGACCGGUACUCAGAGUGGUUCAUCAACCAAGGAGCAGUCGCCCUGUGACCCAGUGUCGUCUAUGAUCGAACCUAAACCAGGCUGGAACACCAUUGUUAUUGUUCUGUACUAUUCUAUUCCAUGACAAGAGGAGUGUGGGGAUGUUCAUUUUGACGUUCAUUGUCAUGUUCAUUGUCAUGUUCAUUGCCAUGUCUACACACAUGAAGGCAUGCAGGCCUUGGCCUGGUCGGUUCAAGCCUUGUCAUAAUAAAUUAAGUUGGAUCUAUUUUAGCGAUGAGCCCCCCCAAUUAGCGGCUGUAAAUUACACACUGGUGUUACGACAAGCCCUGCGUUGGGAGUUGUGACACUUUCAUUAGGACUAGAGCUGCAUUUAGCCUUUAGCUUGUUGGAAUUCACAUUGGACUGUGUCACGGUAAUAAUCGUGGUAAUAAUCACAGUGAUAAUCACAGUGAUAAUCGCAGUGAUAAUUUAGCCAUAAUAUAAAAAACAGCAUGAGCGCUGUGAUGUUGAUGAGAUUUUUUUACAGAUAAAUCUUUGUAGUUAUACUGCAGUGGCUUAUCUUUUUUAGUCCUCCUCGCCUUGUGAAAGAUGAGCAAAGAUAAAGGUGGAGAUGCCGGGGAUUGAACCCGGGGCCUCAUACAUGCGAAGCAUGCG